CAAAAUCCCUGUGGAACGUGAUAAUGAACUAAGAAGCAUCGUCUCAGUAGAUCAGCUGUCUGUCUCCUGAUAUAUGCCUUGUGUACACAGAACCAGACAUUUUCUUUUAUCAAAAUCAUUAGAAAGAGGGGCUGGAGAGAUGGCUCAGCAGUUAACAGCACUUACUGCUCUUGUAGAGGACCUGGAUUCAGUUCCCAGAUCUCAUAUGGUGGCUCACAGUCAUUUCUAACUCCAGUUCCAGGGCCUUGGAUCCGCUUUUGACUUUCUAUAGGCAAGCAUGUGGCACAUGUACAUAUACAUAGACAGAACACUCAUAUGCAAAAAUCUCAUAUGCAAAACACUUAUAUGCAAAACACUCAUAUGCAUACCUUUUUUAAAUAAAAAAGUUAAAGAAAUAAAAAAUGAGGACAAGAAAUGUAUCUCAGUUGGUAGAGUGUUGGCCUGGCUAUACACAAAACCCCAUGUUUUAAGGAACCUGGGUGUGGGACUGUACACCUAAGAUCCGGAUACUCAGGAGGUGGAAGUAGUAUCAGGAGUUCAAGGUUAUCCUUGACUGUACAGCAAGUUUAAGGGCAGCUUUGGGUAUAAGAAAUCCUACCUCAAAAAAAAAAAAAAACUAUAACAAAAGACAAAUCAUCUGACUCCUGAUUUUUUUUUUUAUCUUUUAGGUGUGACUGUUGUGCCAGAAUCCAUUCCCCAGUGUAACAGUGUGUAAUAAAAGCUCUCUCUCCCUCCCUCUCUCCCUACCUCCCUCUCCCUCCUUCUUUCUGCCUCCCCCUUCCUCUCCUCCACCCUCUGGGGCCUCUGAUACUCUAAAAAUGUAAGGUCCACUAAUAUCUUCAAGCAACCCAGACUUGGGGCAAGCUGUCUGCCUUAAUAAGGUCAAGACCAUCACCCUUCUACUCUGUCACCUACUGGGAGUGGUUAUGCCUCCUAAGAUUGUAACAUGGAUGCAUCAGGUAAUAGAUUGUGUACCCUUUCCAUGCACGGCAGGCUGUACCAGUAACCUGCCAGUCACCACCAUGUCUUUUGAGUGUUUUGAGUCUUUGAGUUGGAUAGACAUCUGUUUUCCUUUAGUUCCUCUGUCCUUACUCCCAUAAAAGCAGAGCUGUCUCAGCCUGCCCUGUGGAGCUGGUGCCUACUCUCCUGGCCUCUUGACUCCAUGCCACUCCUCCACCUCCACGUACAUCUCAAUCUCUUUCAAUCCCAGUUGCCUUUGCAGGAUCCAAUAUUUUGUGGACUUGCUCUUGGCUGUGGUUUUCUCCUUUAUCUGCUACGCAUUUCCCUUGCCUUAUCUCGAUACACUUCUGUAGUACGUGACCCAUCCUUCCUUCCUCUUCCUCACUUUACCAGUCCUCCUGUGAUCAUUCUAAAAAUGGGAUUCCAUUCUAGUCUCUGUGAUGCCACUGGCCAGGGAAUUGAAAUUUUCUCUUUCAGUGGUCUUUACUACAUCCUCCCUAUCUGACUGCUUUCACUAUGUCACCUCCCCAGCUUCUCAAAAUUCUCUCCACUGUGACGGGCCCCUGGAUCUUCUCCAAUAUUCUUGGCCUCCUUUGAGAGGACUUCUACAAAGGCCCCCAGAGUUUAGGUGGUACAUGCAUGGUGUUCUCCUCUGUGCCUUCUGCUCUGGGAUCACACCCACCCCCACUCAAAUUUGUUCCUCCUUGCUGCUAGCACCCAAUUCUUCACUUAGAAAUCCUGCCUAGACUGAGGAAUUUUAUAAGCAUAGCUCAUAUGGCUUCCAAACACGAUCGUCUUUCUCAGUCUCCCUCACCUGGUGGGAGUUGAGUCAUAUAUUGCCCCCGCAAGGUGCCAAUAUUAUAAAAUCUUAACUUCUAGUACCUGUGAAAGUUCCAUUACUUGGAAGUAGUCUCUGUAGAUAUAUAGAAGUGGGGAUGAGGCCUUGGUUUAUUAAGGUAGGCCUAAGUCCAACUCGAUCUAUUGGUGUCCUUAGGAAACACCCAGAGAGAACACCAUAUGGUGACAUGGGUGGAGGUUAGAGCACAGUGCCAAGACAAGGACUGAACAUUAAGGACCAGUGAUGGCUGCUGGAAGCAGGCAGAGGCAAAACUGAAUCUGCCUCAUGGUUCCUUCAGAGAAAAUGCAUCCCUUUCCUCACCGUGGCUUUGGACUUUCAGCUUCCAGAACUGUGAGAGAAUAAUUUGUAUUAUUUAAAGCUAUCAAGUUUAUGCUCCUUUGUCACACUGGCCCUAGGAAAUCAGUCUAUCCCCUGUUCUUAGUAUGCUCCCUGUGGACAUCAGCACUACCUCCCCCAUCUCUUGUCUUGAUUCUCAGUUGGCCCUUUCUGCUGUGUAUACAGCCUCCAUCAUAGGAUAUGACUUCCCUGACUCUUCUAUAGGUCCACCAAAUUUCUCUCUUUGUACCCUUCCAAAAGUAUUGUGUCCCAACUGCCUACAUUCUUGCUACUUGUUCAAACAACCUGGGGUGGAGGGAGAUUUUAAAGAUUUCACACCACACAAGCUGACUACUAACUGGUCACAAUAUGUAGGAGGUUGGAUGUACGGUUAAAUCAUCCCAGCUGAGUCCACGGCACAGCCAGGCUUUAGAGCCAUUAAAAGAGUAUGUUCUAGCAACCACAGAAAACUAGAUUGAAGGCAAUGUUUCUCAGCUGGGAAUGAGUUUCCUCCCUCAUGCAUCUAGUGAGUGGAGGCCAGGAACAUUCUCAAACACCCACAUGUCCAACCAGUGAAGAAUGACCCCAUGCCGAGUGUGGCGUAUGCUGACAUUGUGCAACCAUGAUACGAGAGAGAGAGGAAGGAAGCCACAAUACUCACAUUGACUUUGAGAUACGUGUGGACCACCCUACUUAGGAAAAUUAACAUGCCACUUCAUGGCAUAGUGCCUCUGUGAUGAGCCCAAAGCUCACAUUUCAUGAAAAGUUAGAAAUUCUAUUAUUUUUAUUUAUCUUUUAUGACAUUGUUACUUCUUUUGUGUUUGUAAGCUCGCAUGUUCCAUAGCACACAUGUAGAGGUCAGAGGACAAUUUUCUCUCAUCAUGUGGGUCCCAGGGAUCUAACUCAGAUUGUUCUGGUUGGCAGCAAGUACUGUUAUCCACUGGACUAGUGUGUCAGCCCUCUUCUUAUUUGUUUAUGUGGGGCAUGGGCGGGGUGUAGUGUCAUACUGGUAGCUGAGGCUGGCCAAGAGCUCACUAUAUAGGACAGGCUGGCCCAAGCUCUUAGAAAUCCUUAUGGGAAAAAAAGACAAAAAUUAGAAAUUUAAUUAUCAUGCAAGAAAAAGGCUUUCCCAAACUGAUAAAAAAAGUUUUAAUACAGUUUAGUUAUAGAUAAAAAACAAUUCUUAACAAUCAUAUUCUGAAUUCCUAGCACUAUCCUGUGUUUUUCUAGUUUGUAUUUCUUAUUAGACAGCAUUUUCCAUAUCAGACAUGGAGGAAGGAUUAUGGCCAAGUGUAAUUCGUGUGACAUAAAUGUUCUAUGAGCCAAGAUGGCUUGGGAGAAAUUUGCAGUUAGAAUGACUUUUAAAAAAAAAUCUAUUCCUGGCAUUUUCAUUUUUCUUUUGACUUCAGUCAUUUUGAGCCCUGCUCCUCAAACAAGCAAAACCCCUAAAAUAUAAUUCCAGAAAAGCUGUGGAGGGGAGGCAGUGGGCAAAAUUGUUUUGUGACUAUAUCGUUAGGCUAAGUAUAGGGAGGUGACUUUGCAACUUGGUGAGUUUUCCUAUGUUCAUCUUGUGAUAUUGCUGGCAGGAAGGAGCACUCUGGUUAAGCAAGUUUUCUAUGACCCAUUAGCCUGGGGGCUACCUAGAGAAAACACCAUGGCUUACCGAUGGCCACACUGGUAGACAUUAGCACUUGGAAAACUCUUCCAAGCAUGUGCAUGCUUCCUGAGCUCACUGUGGCACUCUAGCAGAUAGAUGAACAUGGUGGACAAAAUAACCGCUGCAUGUGGAUGACACUGUACUCUUUUAAGGCAGUAGCAGCCAUUUCAUAGGUUUUAAUGUAAUACAUCCAUUUUCUGUCAACAUCUCUUACUCCUGCAUCAGCUUUCACAUGUGUCUUUACUGUCUUACAGCAUGAAGCUCAAAGAAACAGCUUCAGCUCAAAGACUCAUUUCUUUUCCUGUUUGAGAUAUAUGUAUAUAUAUAUAUACAUAUAUAUGCAAAAUACAUAUAUAUGCGCAAAAAAUGGAGGCAUGCCCAAAAGUAUUUUAAACAUGUAUUUGCUUUUUCUUCCUCUUGACGGGUUCUCUAUUGCUUCUUUCUUCUCUUUCCUAAUCAUAUGGUUGAUCAUAAACAUCCGUGGGAUUUUGAAGCUGCUUAUGAACUGGUACAAUGGUAAUUUCCAGAAGUGGUAUCAUAAAUCAUAGUCCUAGCAGAAGUAAAGCUACGAAUAAGGUUAAAAAUAAUGAAUAGCGCAUUUACCUGUAGAUUUUCCGAGUAAAACUAAAAGGGCAUUUUGUCCAGUUGCUUUGAUUUGCCACUAUGUUAUAGACAACAGCAGUUUAAGAAAAUUUAGAAUGCCUUUCAUAUUUUGCCUUUCAUUUUGUUAGUAUUAAAAUAAUGUUCCUAAGUUCCGUGGUAAGUACCUCACCAUACAGACCCUAUCUCUUACGUAAGCAAACUAAUUUGUCAAAUAGGAGAUCCAACAAAAUUAGGCUCCUCUGAUAUUUCUAGAAUUAAAUGACUUUGUUAGACACUUUAUAAAAAAUCCCACUAGCAUAGUUAAUCACAAUUAUAUUUUUUAUAAUUUACAUUACAUUCAUUUCUUUCACUGUCAGUGAAAUAACGUUUACAUAUAUAAAGGUCAGAGACUAGCAGUGGAAGUCGGUUCUCUCCUUUCGUGUGAGCCCUAAGGAUGAAGCUCAGACCAUACUUGAUAACAAGAGCCAUCUUACCAAUGUGGAAGUAAAAUUUUAGACCUUUGUGCCUGAAUGAACCUAAACUGUUCUGACGCAGCUUUUAAAAAACUGUUCAAUUAAGGCACACUAUGAGUUUUCCCAUGGAGAUAGUUAUAUCACUCUCUCUCUCUCUCUCUCUCUCUCUCUCUCUCUCUCUCUCUCUCUCUCUCUCUCUCUCUCCAGAGGCUGAAGCUUUAGGUGGUGCCUUCCCAAUCCCUUCACCAAGAGACAAUAAAAUAGGCUGAAACCAUAUUUCAGGGCAAAGCUGGCUGUGGGCGUGGUCUUCAGGGACAAUGAGGAAAGUGGAAAGGGAGACGGAAAAUUAAAAGAAAGUGUCGAAGCAGGCCAAACUGGUUUUCAACGUCUUUUCUUGUUUAACACAGCAGAAAUGUUGAAUAUAAAUGGGCGUGAGAGAUUAUCUAAAACCAAAGCAUUAAAAGAUCAGGCUGCUAAAAGAUUUUGAUUUGGGAUCUUCCCACAUUGUUUUGAGGUAUUGUAUAAAAAUCCCAUAAAACUUUGGAGAAUGCUUUUAGGAGAGAUGAUUUCCACUUUUAAAAAAAUGUGUGUGUGUGUGUGUGUGUGUGUGUGUGUGUGUGUGUGUGUGUGCACGCACAGUAAUAUAUUGUCUCCUUCUACCAUGUGGAGCCCAGGAAUGGCGCUCUAGUGGUUAGAUUUGGCAGCAGGAAAUUUUACUGAGCCGUGUCACUGGCCCUCCAACAUGUCUUUAAUGUUUACUCCCAACAUGGGUGUCAAGUAGACUAUGCCGGCUCCUGGAAUCCCAUAUCCCAUGGUUAUUGAUAGUUAUCGUUGUAUGUGACUUCAGUUUACAGAAUUUUUUCAGUGAGGACAAUGAAGGUGAGUGAGUCAGAUGCAAUUAUUAAAUGAAUAUGAAAUUGGUGAUGCUUGAAAACUCAGGCUCAUAAUCAAAGAAAAGAUUUAAAUGCUUAAUUUGAGUUAAGAACAUUGGUCUUAAUUGUGCAAAAGGGCUUGUGAAUCAGGAUCAGCCAUCAGAAUCAUUGGAAUCCCUGUGGGCACAAUAGCCUUGAAGCCAGAUGUUUAGAGUGCUGUUAAAAAGUACCCUCUUGAGGUUUAACGGAGGACUUCUAAUUAAUAAUAUUCUGUGCAGAUGGAAUCCCAUCCUAUCAAAAAACCUUGAUUUUUGUAUUAGAAACCACCAAAAUAUCAAGUAGAUAUACUUUCAAUAUACCGAUUGUAGAAUAAGCACGAGCCCCUUUUACAAAUUGUGUUUGAGCUAAAAUUCCUCAUAUAUUAAUACAAAGAAGUAGAAUCUAAUGCUAAAUUGCUGUCAGCAUUGUUAAAUCUAUUGGAAGUUUCUUCCCUCCUGAAUAUCUCUUCUCUUUUGUUGUUAGUAUUUUUUAAGUAAACUUGUCCAGAGAUUUGUGAAACAGAAGUUUUUCUGGUUUUUGUUUUUUUAUUUUUUUUUAAUAGAGCAAGAGUACAUCUUUUGAAGAGACUUUUCCAGGGCUGGGAAUAAAUAGAAUAAACAAAACUGAUGCCCCAGAAAGGGGACGCAUAGGAAAAUAGGCAUUCUCCUGAGAGAUAACAUAUACUGUGGUCUGACCAAGUCACGUGGUGGGAGGGGGCUCUUUUCUUUCUCCUCCACAUCCCUUCCUCUGAUGUCACAAGUCUAUUAUUUCCUGGGAGAAUUAAUUAGUAUUCAUUGGGUUGCAGUUGGCAAGAAGAAAAAAGGGAGGGCAGAGAGACAGACAGAGAGACAGAGAGAGGGAGAGACAGAGACAGAGAGAGGGGGAGGAAGAGCUUGGUGGGGGAGCAGGAGCUUCCUGGGGUGCACUGAGAGUGGGGGCACAGAGUGGCUGUUUUAUAACCGGGAUCCUCGGUGACGUAUGGUCGCCUGCUCCUUGGCAGCUGUCUUUAUGGACCAGUAGGCAGAGCGAAAUUGACGCUGACAAGACUUUCGCGUCUUGGAAGGCACUGUAAUCUACUGUAGUGAAGAACAGAGCCUCUCAAUCAGGCGGGUGGAAAUAAGAGAGACAGAGGGGAGUCCAAAAGAAAAGGAAGAGGAGGGGGAAAAGUGUGUGUUGUGGGGAAGCAGGGAAAAGCAUUUUUGGUGGAUGGUAUGAAGCCAGCCAUGGAAACUGCAGCCGAGGAAAAUACUGAACAAAGCCAAGAGAGAAAAGGUUGCUUCGAAUGCUGCAUCAAGUGUCUGGGAGGAGUUCCCUAUGCCUCCCUAGUGGCCACCAUCCUAUGUUUCUCGGGAGUCGCCUUGUUCUGUGGCUGUGGACAUGUGGCUCUUGCAGGCACCGUGGCAAUUCUUGAGCAACACUUCUCCACCAACACCAGUGACCAUGCCUUGCUGAGCGAAGUGAUCCAACUGAUGCAGUAUGUCAUCUAUGGAAUCGCGUCCUUUUUCUUCCUGUACGGUAUCAUUCUGCUGGCAGAAGGCUUCUACACCACAAGUGCAGUGAAAGAGCUGCACGGUGAGUUUAAAACAACUGCCUGUGGACGAUGCAUCAGUGGAAUGUUCGUGUUCCUCACCUAUGUGCUGGGAGUGGCCUGGCUGGGUGUGUUCGGCUUUUCUGCAGUGCCAGUGUUUAUGUUCUACAAUAUCUGGUCAACCUGUGAAGUCAUCAAGUCCCCACAAAGCAAUGGGACCUCGGGUGUGGAGCAGAUCUGUGUGGAUGUCCGGCAAUACGGUAUCAUUCCUUGGAACGCUUUCCCAGGCAAAAUCUGUGGCUCUGCCCUGGAGAACAUCUGCAACACCAAUGAGUUCUACAUGUCCUAUCAUCUGUUCAUUGUGGCUUGUGCUGGAGCUGGUGCCACCGUCAUUGCCCUGUUUGCAGGAAGUACUAGUGGCUGCCUUGUCACCGACUGAUGCAAUUUGGACACUGGAAAGAAGAGAGGGUACCGACCCCUGCUGACUAGGCAUAGCAUGCUGCCUUAUUGCAUUUAGUAAUUAGUUCCAUGACUUCAUUCAGGGACAGAGACUCAUGUGAGGCAUUGCCUAUUUCUUCGCAAAGAAAUCUUGACUUCCAAAUAGAAAGAUAAUAUAUAGUUGAUCUCCUUAUGUGCAGAAAUAAUCUUCUAUAAAGUCAAUUCAAAGGCUAAAUUGUAUAAAUUGAACAUAGCCUGCUGAAGGAAAUACACAGUAACCUCUUGGUCAUGUCAUCCCAUGUAGAUUUCAGUGUAAGACAUAUACUGUUGUUGCAUUACUAGUAAGUUCUUGGCCAACAUCACUAUCACCCAUGCCUACUUAGAGAAAAUGUCUCUCUUGCACAUUAGCUCUGGAAGGCACUCGCACACCUUUCUUGGGCACUAUUUGGGCAAAUGUGGCACUGGAUGCUUGUUUACCGUGGGUGCAAAACAAAUGCAGCCAAGACUGUAGAUCUCAGCUGGGACUGUGCACCUAAGGGGACUCAAAUCCUAAGUGUUCAGCACAUGCCUAGUCAUGGGUGAGAAAAUAUUGUUUCGGGGAUUACAUAUUUUAGCCAGCAGCCAACCUUGGAAUCUGCACAUAAUGAGAAUCAACUUACAAUCAAAGAGGCUUGCAUGCAGGUUUGGUUUGCUUGGUUUAUGAUUUGGAGUAAACUAGUUUGAGAUUGGGAAAGCAAAGAGAUUUCAGCUGGUUGAGGAUGACCCAUUCACAGUUUUCCUAACCAUGAAGUCAUUCCUUCCCAUGAAAUCACCAUGGUCGUGACCUGUUCUCUUGGCUGGGCAACAGGCAGGAAGGAGACUAAUUGCUGCUGAGCAGGCAGUCUGGGAAAGAUGAGAAGAAGUAGGGCACUGAGCUUCAUCUCUCAUACUGCUGACCCAGCUCCUAUCUUGUUAUUCUUGAAAUACAUCCAAGGCUUUUUAAUAAGCUUACUGAGGGCAGAGCCAAGGGCUUCCAUUAUGUAUGUGUGAUCAGAAAAGAGGCAUGUGCUAGAUGAGAGAAAUCAUCUGCUCUGAUUAGAAGGUGGGGAGAAACCCCUCCGACUGUGAGCUGGCAUUUAUCCCUGCCCUGGUUUAGAGGGGUCACACCAUCAGCCCUCACUGCCUGUAUCUUACUGCCCUGUUUUGUUCUCUUCCACCAGCUGAUCUACAUGAUGGCUACUACAUAUAACUAUGCGGUUUUGAAGUUUAAGAGUCGGGAAGACUGCUGCACUAAGUUCUAAAUUGCAUAAGGCCAAUAAGGAGCUAUAUUUAGAGAGCUCAGCUCUGUAGCGUGAACCUCACUGACACUUCAGACUAAAGCGGAGCCUAGGUUUCUGCAGUUCGCUACAGUAAUUUGUAAAUAGCUUCAGUUAACUCACUUUGCAUGGUAGACUAAAUAGGACUUACUGUACGUGAAUUACAAAAGAAUGGGGUCUGACUAUUCCCAGUUUGAAAGGGAUUGUUAUUUACUGACACUGGUGAGCAUCCUUUGAAAAAUAAUUUUCUUAAACUCUGAGCAUAAGUAUCUCUAAGUGAAAUAUUAACACCUUGACACACCGUUUGUUUUUCCAUUUUGUUUGCUUGCUUGAUAACCAGCCUUAGCGAUGGCCAAGAGAACAAGUGCUGAAGGCGGAAAGGUUGAACCUAGCUUUCAUUUUGUCAUUCCUUUCUAGAAAAGAUUUUGCAAGUAGAGUUAAAAUUAAGUUGAAAAGGUCUUUAUAUCACAUGGUUGGCUCACUACCAAAUAAAUGCCAAGUUAGACAAGAUAAAAAUUUGAAGGCCAUCACCCAUUUGAUUUUUCUGAAAAAUGAUUACAUAUUUUUGAUACAACACCAUUAAGGUCUUUAGAACCCACAAACCUGAUAACUUUCAAUCACCUUGCUACAUAGCAACUGUUCCCUUACAACUAGGUUCUUAAAUUACAUGGAAGAUUUUCAUGAAGAGAAGUUGGGCCCAGAUCUGAGGGUCUCAUCUAUGUUGAGAAGGAAGUAUGGCAUGAGAAAGGAGUCUGGCCUUUAAGGAAACUGAGUUGUGCAGAUUUGUUUUGGGCAAGGGGAAAAUACAUGGGAAGGAUGCAUGUGCCACAGAAACUGUAAAGAAUGAUAAGGAUUUUCAUGUGAAGUGAACUUAGAGGAAAUGAAAUAUUGGCAGUUAUAAAAGGAAGAAAAUAGUUGCUAAAAAUUGUUUACAGACUGCAUAUUUUUAAUUUUGGUUUUGACAUUCAUUUAAUUUCUCCAUGUUAAAUAUAUACUUCUAUAAUCAUUUACGCAAAAUAAACAUUUUUUCACACUUUGUAGGCCUUUUGGGGAUUUUUUUUUACCAACAGAUAAGUCUUUGCUCUACAUUUUUAAAGAUAAACAGCAACGUGUUUCAGAACUUCUGCAUUUGUCUUUCAAAAUUACUCUCAAAAUGGUAAAAAGCACUGGCAUAUAUUUCAUUUUUAUUUCUUCUUAACAAUAACUUUGGUCAUUUUAUUCCCAAGUUCACUAUAUUUGCAUACUAACGUUUCUUCAGCCUCGUAAUAUGAAGCGAACUAGUAGAGCAUGCUCUGUGUCCGACAGCUCUGCUAGCAGAAGAGUAUUAAUAGCGAAUAACCCCGCCCUCCCCAGCUGAUCCGUCUAAUCUGACUAGCAGCUCGCUUUGCCUUCUCACAUGCUCACUAGCCAUCAUGCUCACCCUUCUUUUCCAGAUCCACUUCCUCAUGAUACUGUCUUCUAACUGGGCUUACUUAAAGGAUGCAAGCAAAAUGCAGGCUUACCAGGAUAUCAAAGCAAAGGAGGAACAGGAACUGCAAGAUAUCCAGUCUCGGUCAAAAGAACAACUCAAUUCUUAUACUUAAAAGUGUUUGCCAGAGUGUGUCAGCCAACAGAUUUACAGCUCUGACAUCAUCAGACAGCUGCUCUGCAGUACAGAUGUGUAUCCCACCAAACUAAUGUAGACGUACCAACAUUUCACUGUCUGUCUCAAGCUGCUGGGGUGGAUCUCUAGGAAAACCUUCCAGUGGGUAAAUAAUUUUCUUUAGGACAAAUAUCGGAGGUUUCAUGUUAACCAUUUUAAAAGGCAACACUUUGGCAGAAUGACCAUUCAUCCUUUAGAAGGUCGUGGCAUGUGCAGGUAACUGCUAGAGCAGUUCUAACACAGGGCAUGGAAUCACAUCAUGUCCCUUAAUGGGGACCUAUGGCAUGCCAGUAUCAAAGGACGUGACUGUAGAUUUACAUUUGCCACCUGUGUCCUCCAGUGUUAUCAAAAUAGAAUCAAUGUGAAGUUCGUUUUGAUAGCUGACCUUUAUUAACCUUUGGCUCAUCAAAGAUAAUGUGAUUCUUCCAAACUUAAAAAUCAGCACCCCCACGGUGUCAUAUUCAUUUCCCAAGCCACUCAGAAACCUAUGUUUUAGUGAUGCUAAAAUGAGCUGUAAUUAUGCUAAAUUUAUCAGUGCAGAAGCUGGAUUCUGACUCGAGCUCUGCAAAAUCAGUUUUAUAGUCGAUCACAUUGUAACAAAAUGGGAGGAUUUGGUGAUCACCAUUGUUGUUUGGAAACAAAUAUCAGCUCUGCCUUAAUAUUUGCUUUCAAUUUCUAAUAAUUUAUAUUGUAACCAGAAACCCAAAAAUCCUUCAUAGAUUUUUGUUUCAUGAAUACUUUUUCUUAAGAAGUGUUACCUUGUUAAAAUGACCACCAUUCUAAACCAUUUUUAAGUGGUCUGGACAGUGAGUUUACAGUUUCCUAUCAACUAUCUAAAACCUAACUGCAAAUUGACCACAGACCUCUGACCUCCUACUUUUAUAGACUUUAAUACAUAAGUAAAUUAGGGUUGAUAUUUAUUUCAUUGUUUUCUUAUCUAAAUCUUAAUUUCCUGGAAUAAUAAUGUUUGAUAUUCAGCAAGAAAACUGCUUGAGUUUAAGCCAUUUUCAAAAGAAACUUGCCUUCUAACUCAUUGUGUUCCAGAACAUUAAGUGACUAAUAGGUACUGGGUAUUAGUGAUGGUAAGUUUUGUGUUGUUCUUUCUGGAAUGAUCCAUAUAACUGUGGGGUGCAUCAGUGCUUUUCAAAGGGGCUGCAUACUAUAGGGUUAACUAUGUAUAUUCAUGUUAAGAGUUAACUUGUGGUUUGGCUGUUUCCUGGAUUUUAAAACAUAUACAUGUGCAGAAAUGUAUUCAAAUGAAAGGAAGCAUACCUUUAUGAAGAUGCUAUUAAAAUUGAACAGCAACUAUAAUAUUUCAUUUGGAUUUUUUUCUUUUGGUGAAUGCGGAAAACACCUAUUUGGGUUCCUUUGAAUUGGGAGGCGCUCUCUUCUGUGUAGAACAGCUGUUCCAAGAUAGCUUAGUGUUUCGUUUUCCUGUUGCAUGACAGAAUUCACUAUUUUUUCCAGCAGUGGAGGUGCUGUUAGAGUCCAGUGUUCUAGAAGAGCCAGUGUCUAAAGCCUAAUUUUACUUUUCUAAUUCUGGUAGCUAUUGCCAGGAAUUUUUGAAAGUUUUGUUGAAGUAGUCUAAUAUUUUUUAUGUAAAGAGCAUUAAAUUUUGCUAUGUAUAAAUUUUUGUAACCUAACAGUGAAUCAAUAUUUUCUAUCAGUGCCAAGGGCUUCCUGUAGUUCUAUUCAAGUGUUACAAUAAAUAUUUGUAGAUAAUAGUCGAUACUUGUGUAUGCUUAUUUUAAAGAUCUAUUUAGGUGGAAAUAGUUGUGGAUGUACUAAAGAAUAAUGAAAUAAAAUUAUAGCUUCA